GCGGGGAGCGAACUACCGGCGGCCGGAGGAAGCGGGGGCGGCGGAGCCGGGGCCGGGAGCGGGGCAGCGUCCCGGGAUCGGGAUGCGGGGGCGGCCCGGGACGCCGCCUCGUUGCCCGGAGCGACACCAUGCACCCGGCCGUGGCGGUGGGGCUGGUGUUCGGCGGCUGCUGCAGCAACGUGGUGUUCCUGGAGCUGCUGGCCAGGCAGUUCCCGGGAUGUGGGAACAUCGUGACCUUCUCCCAGUUCCUGUUCAUCGCGGUGGAAGGUUUCAUCUUCGAGGCCAACUUCGGGAGGAAGCGCCCGGCCAUCCCCAUCAGGAACUAUUUCAUCAUGGUGGCCAUGUUCUUCACCGUCAGCGUGGUCAAUAACUACGCCCUGAACCUGAACAUCGCGAUGCCGCUGCACAUGAUCUUCCGCUCGGGUUCUCUCAUAGCAAGCAUGGCUCUAGGGAUCAUCAUCCUGAAGAAAAGGUACAGCGUGUCAAAAUACACCUCCAUAGCUCUGGUGUCCCUGGGCAUCUUCACCUGCACUUUGAUGUCUGCAAAACAAGUGGCAUCUGACUCCAGCUUAAACCAAGAGGAUGGACCCCAGGCUUUCCUCUGGUGGAUGCUGGGUAUUGCUGCCCUCACCUUCGCCCUGCUGAUGUCUGCCAGGAUGGGGAUUUUCCAGGAGACGCUCUACCAGAAAUUUGGGAAGCACUCCAAGGAGGCCCUGUUCUACAAUCACGCGUUGCCACUCCCUGGAUUCCUGCUCCUGGCUCCCAACAUUUACCAGCACGCCGUGCUCUUCAACCAGUCUGAGCUGUUCCAGGUGCCGGUGAUCGGCCUGACCCUGCCAAUCAUGUGGUUCUACCUCCUCAUGAACGUCAUCACCCAGUACGUCUGCAUCCGCGGCGUCUUCAUCCUGACCACCGAGUGCACGUCCCUCACCGUCACCCUGGUGGUGACGCUCCGCAAGUUCGUCAGCCUCAUCUUCUCCAUCCUCUACUUCCAGAACCCCUUCACGGGGUGGCACUGGCUGGGCACCGCCUUCGUCUUCGUGGGCACCCUGAUGUACACUGAGGUGUGGAACAGCCUCGGGCCCCUCCUGGCCCGCUGCCGGAGGAGGCCCAAGGAGGAGUGAAUCCAGGGAUUUUCCGCAGGGACCUUUUUGUUGUUUUCCAGAGCAGGGCAGCAGGGAGCCCCCUCCCCUCCCCCAGGGGGUGUUUUUAUAGCAGGUGUUGGCUGUGCCAAGCUCCUGGGAAAAUGGGGAGCCUCCGCUGGGAACUUGGGGAACGGAUCAUGGAGAAACAAUCCGGUUAUUUUUUGCCAGUUGGUAUUUUUUAUGCCACCCCUCUUGCUUCCAGUUUUUCCUCCUGUUUGGUUUUUCCUUUUCUUUUUUUUUUUUUUUUUCUUUUUUUUCCAUUGGAAUAACCCUUUUUAAGGAAAAGCUGAUUCAGAGCUUAGCUGGGAGCCCAACUUCUCAUGCUGCUGGCUCGGAUCAGCUGGACCCUGAGCUGGUUUGGUGCCGUCCUUUAAUUGUCCCAGCGUUUGGAGCUGAUGGCUGAGCCCCAUUCCUGUGGGAAUCCCUGAUCCCUGUGCUGGGAGGAUGUGGGAUACAGCCUGGAGCUUCCAGUCUGCCCAGUGGAUCCUGAGAGGGCUGGGUUUACACUCCCAGUUCUCCUCCCAUCCCUUGGGAUCAGCUUCCUCGUGGCUUUUGUGUCAGCCUGGCACAGGCGGGGAAACGCCAGAGCCGUAACUGAACAUCCACGGUGUUUUAUCCAGGGAUUGUUGGAUCCAGGGAUUGUUGGAUCCAGGGAUUGUUUUAUCCAGGGAUUGUUUUAUCCAGGGAUUGUUGGAUCCAGGGAUUGUUUUAUCCAGGGAUUGUUGGAUCCAGGGAUUGUUUUAUCCAGGGAUUGUUGGAUCCAGGGAUUGUUGGAUCCAGGGAUUGUUGGAUCCAGGGACUGUUGGAUCCAGGGAUUGUUGGAUCCAGGGAUUGUUUUAUCCAGGGAUUGUUGGAUCCAGGGAUUGUUGGAUCCAGGGAUUGUUUUAUCCAGGGAUUGUUGGAUCCAGGGACUGUUGGAUCCAGGGGUUGUUGGAUCCAGGGAUUGUUGGAUCCAGGCACUGAGCAGAGCCGACAGGGAGCUGCUCCCAGCUGUAACAAUCUGUGCAUACUCUGGGUCACUCUUCCACUCCAGGAACUUGCAUGUUGUCCCCAGUUCCCGUGGGAUGCGGGAAUGUUUGGGGGAUUUGGGCAUUCCCAUUUUUUUUAACCAUGUGCUUUUCACUCCCAACACAUCGGCUUUGGGUUGUUUGUUCCCAUCAGGGGGAUUUUUUUAACUUCCUGGCGUGGUCAGUGUGUUUGGAAUAUUUAUGGAGUCACAGGAGUGGCAGCAAUUCCCUUCCUGCUGGAGGACAGAGGAGGAAAGGUCCAGGCAGAAGGGCCUUGUUAGCCAAAAUUAAUUAAAUCCAGGCUCCCCCUCCAGGCUGGGGGCGCUGAUUAGUUGGGUUUUAAUGUUUGUGUAGAGAUCAGAGCACCUAUUUUUUAGCAGAGGCUGGAAAAGGGAAGGAGCCUGACUGCCUUUGGGGUGGCUGGUUGGGUUUAGGUUGGGGUUUGAGUUGGUUUUUUUUUUUAAAGAGAAAUAAAUCUGUAUCCUCUUC